CUGGACAGCCACUUGUCUAUAGUGGUCUCCUGCUUGAACAGGGGGUUGGGCUAGAUGACCUCCAAGAUCUCUCCCAGUCCCAGCUCUAUUCAGAAUCCGCUCCAGAGGCUUUCCCCCAUGAGUGACACAUGCCUAACACGGAUCCGGAGGUCUGUCCCAUGGCAAUAGACAGACAGAUAGAACGGCACACAACUUCCGGAACCGAUGAAGGAAAAGUGAACGUUUUCCUUCGAGGCAGAGCGUCCUCCCCUUCCUUUACGCCUGCGCAGCAAAUUGGAACCCGGAAGUAGUCUCCCAAAUGCCCUUUUCCUCUAUUUUCACACCUUUACGUUGCUAUAGAAACUUCCGGUCGGUCCUUCAUUCCUCCUUCGCCCUGCGCAAGGGCCUGACCAGCGAGAUGCGACGAAUCGGACAGGGGCUUCCCCCGAAGGGCGGCCGGGCUUCUGCGCAGGCGCAAGCCCCGGAGCCCUAUAAGUGACUUGCCGACUCUCCGCCCGUCCCCCCCGUGUUGGCGAGUUGGUCGGUCCCGCCGAACGUCUCCGACUCGGCCUCCGGGCCGCAACCAUGUCUUCGGCGGGGGUGGAGAAGCGGAAGCGGGUGAACCUGAGCGUGAAGCAGAAGCUGGAGCUGAUCGAGAAGCUGGAGUCCGGCUGGUCGGUGGCGCGGGCGUGCGAGGAGUACGGCGUGAAGAAGCAGACGGUGUCGGACAUCCGCAAAGCCAAGGAGAAGCUGAAGAGGUUCGUGCUGAUGUGCGACGUCGACUCGACCGGCGGCGCGGCGGAGAUCGGCUCCCGGAAGCACAUGAAGAUGUCCCAGGAGGCUUCCCUGGAAGAGGCCGUGCUCCGGUGGUACGUGGAGCAGCGGGCCGGAGGAGCCAAGGUGCGCCGGGUCGACCUCAAAGCGGCCGCCAACGCCAUCGCCGCCGACACGAAGCUCAACUUCAAGGCCAGCGACGGCUGGAUCUGGCGCUUCUACAAGCGCCACGGCAUCGACCACAAGCGAGCCUGCGCCGGGGAGGCCAACGCCGCCUCCGCCCCCGCCGCUGCCGAGGAAGAAGAGGAGGAGGACGAGGACGAGGAGGAGAUGGCGCCGCUGGGCAGCGGCUUCUACAAGCGCUACCUCAUGUCGCAGAUCAGAUCCAAGAGCAAAGAGGCAGUGGAGAAAGCCACGAAAGAGAGAAAUUGUGCAGAUGCCCACAAGUGGAAGGGAGGACUGGAAAAUCCCACCGAUCCAGUUCAGCCUCCCUAUAUUUCGGAACCAAAAUUAGAAGAAACGGAUCUAGGAAAACUCCCCUGUGAAAUUCAGCCUCCGUCCCUUCCUGAGCUGCCUGGAUGGGGGGCAUCACAAAAAGGUACAGGAGAGCCGUUCCGCGGGAUGGAAGAACGCUGGGAAGCCCAGUGGCAGCAAUUCCUCAGGACCUUGCAACCCGCCCACAGAGGAGGAGACAACCCGGGUUUUUCAGAGGCUUCUCCUUGGGAAGACACCAAGGCCUUUCUAGCAUCCUUUGAGCAAGUUGCCCAAGCCUGUCAGUGGCCCUCAGAUCAGUGGGUGGCCCAUCUUUUGCCAGCGCUGAGUGGAGAAGCCGAAGAGGUCUUCCGGAAUCUGGAAGCCAGAGAUCGGGAGGACUAUGGGAAAGUUAAGGCCGCGAUCUUGCGAGGGGAAGCCCUGAAAAUGGAGGUGCAGCGCCAGCAUUUUCGGCAGUUCAGCUGCCAGGAGGUGGGAGACCCCCGAAGGAUCUAUAGCCAACUCCAGGAGCUUUGUCUCCAGUGGCUGAAGCCGGAGAGGCACACCAAGGAACAGAUUCUGGAGCUGCUGAUUCUGGAGCAGUUCCUGGCUAGUCUCCCAUCGGACCUCCAGAGCUGGAUCCGAGCAGGAGGAGCAGAGACGUGUUCCCAGGCGGUGGCUCUGGUGGAGGACUUCCUGAGGAGCCAGCAGGAGGUCAAAUCAGAGUCCUAUGAGGGCCCAGGGCUGAUCCAGGAGGUGGCUGUGAGUUUUCUCACCCCUGAGCAGAUGCCAUUAAUUCCCGCAGAGAGGCAGCUCGUUUGCAAGAUCAAGCAAGAGGAGGAGGAUGGGGGCAAUUCAGAAGCCGCUGCCGAGUGGAUCGCAGAGUUGAAAGAGGGGGACGAGACCGAGUCCGUGAAGCUCCAGAGGACUCCUUGGGACAGUCUCCCCAAGGCCCAGGAGGACGGGGACACCUCUGUGAGCCACGAUGCUGUUUCGAAGCAGAAGAGAGAAGAUGGCUCAAGCCAGCCCAUGGUUGAAAUCUUUCCCCUGGCAGGAGAGGAGAGAAACCUAAGUCCGCCAGCGAUCAAGAAACGAUAUCGGAUUCGAGGGAAGAAGACCUGCUCCGUCUGCAGCAAGACCUUCAGCCGGAGUACGGUGCUGGCCGCGCACCAGAGGACCCACACGGGCGAGAAGCCGUUCACGUGCCAGAACUGUGGGAAGUGCUUCAGCUUCAAAUCGGCCCUGGUGGUGCACGAGAGGACCCACACGGGUGAGAGACCCUAUUCGUGCGAUCGGUGCGGGAAGAGCUUCACCGUCAGCUGGGUCCUCACCAGGCACUACCGAGUCCAUGCUAAGAAAGACCAGAUGGGGUGCUUGGAGUGCGGGAAGAGCUUCGCCCAAAAGUCUCAGCUGCUCAGCCACCAGAAAGUCCACGUCGCGGAGAAACCCUUCCGAUGGGCCCAGCCCGGGGAAGCCUUUGGCGGUUGCGCCGUUGCCAUUAAGAGGCAGGACGUUUCCUGCUCCAGGGAGGCAAAGCCCUUCAGAUGCCCGGAUUGUGAAAAGUCCUUCAACACAUCCUCCCAAUUGGACAGGCAUCACCGGGUGCACACGGGGGAGAGGCCCUUCACUUGCUCCGAGUGCGGGAAGAGCUUCCGGCAGUGGCAGAUUCUGAUGGUGCACAAGAGGAUUCACACGGGCGAGAAGCCCUUCAAGUGCGCCAUCUGCGGGAAAUGCUUUUCUAACCAGGCCAGCCACAUCCGGCAUCGGAAAGUCCACACGGGGGACAGGCCGCACCUCUGCGCCAUCUGCGGGAAACGGUUCCCACAUCAGGCGCUUCUAGUGAAGCACCAGAAAAUCCACGCCCGGGAAGCCUUAAACAGUCACAAGGUAGUGGUGGAGGAGAAAGAGGAGGAGGAGGAGGAGGAGGAACGAGCGAAAGAAAUUCCAUAAAAGGAGAAUGGAGUGGUCUGGUUUGGGACGUUGGGACCGUGGGCAUCCUUUCCUAACUCCGUGGCCUCCAGAUAUGUGGAACCACUGGCCCCUUUGGGUAGAAAUGUCAAGGAUUGUACUGGAUCUCUGAAAAUACUCAGUUCAGGAAGGUGUGACCUUGUAAAUCUGCCAUGUGUGCCCAUACAGGCCCCUGAGAAGCACUUGGUAGGCUCCAGUUUUUAACGCCUGCCCAGCACUUGUGUAGGAGAAGCACCCAUCGCCUCACUGGGACGACCCAGAGCCCUCCAGGUGUUUGUAUCUCAGAGCUCAGGUUGGGUGGGUUCUCGGGUGACGAGGGAUGAAUGUCUGGGAAGUUGAUAGUCUCAGGGGU